CUUUAACACAACCUCGUUCCCACUUGGGCACAUGCGACAAAUGCCGCUGCCGCGCCAACGUGUGGGCUAGAGGCGUCGCAUCCCGAGCACUUUCGCUUUCGAGAUGCGCGGCUCGUUGCUGCUCCAGAACCAACUCCUCCACGACGUGCUGAGCAACGACCCCGACGGGUUGCUCCUUCGCAUCAAUUUCGAAGUGGAUCUCCCCGUCCGCAACGGCAAACAGCCACCUCCGCCCUUCCCGCUCUCCAAGGAAGCAAAACUGGCUCGACGUCGAGCCCAGAUCGCCAAGUCGGCGAAGAAGCACAGGAUGCGCAUCCGAGAAGAGAUCGUGUCCCUCCAAGCCGAGAAAGUUCGACUGGAAGAAACCCUCGCACGAACCACGACAUGGUGGAAGGAGGCGGCGACGCGGGAACGUCUGGCGCGGCGAACGUCGGAGACGAUCAACAAGCACCUCCGACAAAUGGUGCGCCAGACCAGGAGCUGUGCGCGGCACUGGCGAGAUUUUGGGAAAGAAGUCGAGCUUAUUUAAUUGUACGUUUGAGCUUCAACGGA